CACUCUCCCGAUCUCUCCUUCGCCUUUCCUCCGCCCAUCUGCCGCUCGACCACCCCAUAUCCGGUGGCGCUGCUGGACUCCACGUGUAACCGCCGCCCAGGCCAGCGAGCCCGCCUCCGCCCAGGUCCGGCGACGGCCUUGGACCUCCAGAAGGCCAUCUACAGCAAUUGCCGACCCAAUCGACCCUCGUCUUGUUCUGAUCUGAACCGUUUGCUGAAACAAUGGCGGAAAGUUUCCCCGAGGAUAUCUGGGUCGAGAUAUUCUUUAGGCUACCGGUCAAGUCCUUGAUGCUAUUCAAAUGCGUCUGCAGACGAUGGCAGUCUCUAAUAUCCGACCCGGGCUUCGCUAAGUCGCAUCUGCAAAGGCUAAAGGCAGGGGAUUUAAUUCCUAGUCAGAGAAUCAUCAAGAGCCACCUCCUCGGGCAACCCCUCAUGACUAUAGACUUUGAAGCUCUUGAAGGUGCCAUUAGCGAUGGACGUGAUUGCGAACCGGUAGAGCUUCAUUGUCCUCAUAGUCCACAUAAGGACUAUUCUUUCUGGAACGACUCUUUCAUCGUGGGUUCUUGCGAUGGCUUGAUAUGUGUAUUUGUCCGCAAAAGAUUUCUCAUAUAUAACCCGGCCACCAGGAUUUAUAGGGAGUUGCCCGGUUCCGAUUUUGUUGGAGAAAUUUACUUAUCCGAUGAAUUCGUAGGAUUCGGAUAUGACUCACGAUCUGAUGACUACAAAAUAGUGGGCGGCUUUGUCGAUUAUGGCAAUUGGGAGGUGGAAAUAUUUUCGCUCAAGUCCGGUUGCUGGAGAAGUAUACAAGUCCCGUUCCAGGAAGAAAGCCAUCUCAAAGUAAGUGGUCCAGGAGUUUAUUGGAACGGGGGCAUACACUGGUUCGUUGACUAUAGGGUUGCUCACAGGAGGCAGGGUGUGAUCAUGUCAUUUGAUUUGUCGGAGGAGAAAUUCCAUCGGGAGCUCCCGGUCCCUGAAGUCAAUGUGGACAUAGUCUUAGUGGGAAUCGGGAUCCACGGGGCCAGUUUGUUCAUAUACAACAGCCGCAAUGAUAGUCGCGUAGAGGCAUGGAUAAUGGAUGAGCACCGGAAAGGAGGAUCAUGGACAAAAUGGCUCAGCUUUUGCAUGCACCCCCCUGUGGUGGCCCCCAUGGCCUACACAAGGAGUGGGAAAAUUGUUCUUCGGAUGGAUAUGUUUAUGGUUUGCAUGAAUAUACGGAAUCUGAGGCCAAAGGAAGUAAAGCUGAUAUAUAGGAUGAAUAUGGAUGAAAUUGAGGAUAUGGAGCGGAUGGUUCUGUUCAAUCCGGAGGAUCGUAGUUGGGAGGCUUAUCCCAUAGAGGGGGAGCUUAUCGAACAUGCUAUCUAUUUGGAAAGUCUUAUUUCUCCCUAUCUUGGCAUUGAUCCAUCGAGAAUGUAG